UUUCUUAUAACAUAAUUUCUCUUCAUCCUCAGUUCACCAAUUGAAUAGCCAAAAUGGACAUGUCAGACAUGUCAACGACAAUGUCCAUGGCGACAACAACGGCAAUGUCAAUGGGUACAGCAACGGGCAUAUCCAUGGCAACAUCAACCUCGUCGUCCAUGUCCGGCAUGUCAGGGAUGUCCGACAUGUCCAUGUCAAUGGCCGACAUGGCAAUGACCUUCUUCGUCUCCUUCAAAACACCUCUCUUCUCCACCGAGUGGACACCGGGCACGCAAGGCCAGUAUGCCGGUACAUGCAUCUUCAUCAUUGCGCUAGCCGUUAUCAUGCGAGUUCUUCUGGCCUUCAAGCCGAUCCUCGAGGGUCGCUUGUGGACGGAUAGCAUUCACGAUCACAUGCUUCAUGAUCAUUCGAACGUUGAAGCUGGCAAGUCGCCUCGGGCUCCCUCUGGGGUACGGUUGAGUGCGCAGGAGAUUGGGAGCCGGUGGACAUCGUGGCGUGUGAACCCUGCUGCUGGUCGGGCGACGUAUGAGGUUGUUCUUGCUGGUGUCGCUUAUCUAUUAAUGCUCGCGGUGAUGACGAUGAACGUGGGUUACUUCAUGUCGGUUCUUGGGGGUGUUUGGUUAGGAACUUUCAUGUUGGGGAGUGUGGCGGCCGAUAGUAGAUGGAUGCAUUGUUAG